UUUAAUCGGGCGGAUGUGUUGAGUGUGAAAAUUCUGCUUGCAAAACAAUGCCACAAUGCCAUUGACAAAUAGUGCAGUCCAUUUCAUCUGUUUCUACCUCCGUGGCUUCACCGUGUUCACGGAUGGAGUUAGCUAGGGAACCGUCAUAACGCUGUAGUUCAGGCGAUUAUGGGAAUGCAGUUGGAGGUUGAAUCAGAAGAAAUUUGCCACCAGAAGAGCAGACUUUGAACAAGGAAACGGAGGUUAAGCAUUGGAAAGCUACGUCCAAAAUGCCGAUCUCUAUGGCCGAGAUUGAGAUGUUGAAUGAAGAGCUCCCUCUAGGGGCAGCGGGUGGCAAGUCCUUGCCUGAGGCCAUCAAGGAGAAGUACCUGACCGAGGACGAACCACUCUCUGGCAUGAUCCUGGGCCAGGUCAACAUUAUUUCCAAUUUGCCCGCUAUCAAAGAUUCCAACUCUGGGGCCAUCAAUCUCCCACCGUGCCUUGCGCUGAACUACUGUUGCAUUGUGGGAGCUGGGGACGAAGGUGAGGUAGAAAGGCUUUGCAAGAAUGUGGUGGAGUUAGACCUCUCGGAGAAUAGCCUGAGCGAAUGGAAGGAGGUUCUGUCCAUCACUGGCCAGAUACCAAAGCUGCGCUUCCUCAACCUCAGUAGUAACCCACUCAGCACCGACAUACCGGUCCAGCUGGCUCCUGUCCCUCCCAUGGCUGGCAUAACAAACCUGGUCCUCAACAACACCCAGGUGCCCUGGAGCACGGUGCAUGUGUUGCUGGACGGCACACCACGGCUAGAACAACUCCAUUUAAGCUUGAAUAAAUAUGGAAUGGUCGACUCAGCUAGCAAAGCCUACCAUUCAGUCAAACUGUUACAGUUCAACCGCAAUGACAUCACCGACUGGACGGACGUAACCAAGCUGGGGCAGAUGUUCCCCUGCCUGGAGUCCUUCUACUUGUCGGAGAACGACGUCCGGGGGUUGACGAAUGCGGUGGGGCCCCACUUCCCCAGCCUGCGGAGCGUGUGCCUGAGCGAGACGGGCUUGGCCAGUUGGGAGGAGAUCGAUGCCUUGGCCGCCUUCCCAGUCCUGGCCGAGGUCCGCCUCAAAAGGGUCCCGCUGGCUGAGGCCUAUGACGAGAAGGAGCGCCACCAGCUGAUGAUUGCCCGGCUGACGCGGCGGGUGACACGGCUCAACGGGAGCCGGAUCGGGGAGACCGAACGGGAGCAAGCCGAGCGAGCCUUUAUCAGAUACUACAUGAACCAAGAGGAUAAACCGGCCAGGUACCACGAGCUGGUGGCGACUUAUGGAAACCUUAACCCCUUGGCAGACGUGGACCUCCGGCCUAAGACGCACGUCCACUGCCUGGUGCGCUUCGAGGACAAGUGCCAGGAGUGGGACAUCCCAGUCAAGCAGACCUGUGGCCAGCUCAAGCAGUCCCUGCAGGAGUUUGCCGGACUGCCCACGUCCAAAUUCCGAGUCUGGUACCUCAACCGCGCCUAUACUGAAGGCUGCGGUCCCACUCUUCUGCAGUAUCCCGGAAGACUGCUGUACGCCCUUAGAAUUCAGGAUGGUGACGAGUUUAUCAUCGACAGAAAGUAACGAGGAGUAAACAGUCGUGACCUGAUCUCACAAAAUGAGUCUUAAGGCCAUUUCUAAAAAACUUUUCAGUUUUGUUUCAGUUGGCAUUAAGAAGAGUAAAUUAGGCUCUUUGUUUUGUUGUAUCACUCAAUUUGGCAUCUUAAUUCAUGAAAAUAUUCAUUCCAUGUAUGUUGGUGAGAAUAGUGGAAGGUUCCUGUCGGUUUCCACUGCAGAAAGGCCUUUAGUUUAAAAGUUGGUCUGGUGGGGUAGGCUUCAUUUUGUUAGGUUGGGUUACAAUUGUGUUUUUCUACUUAUUUGCUGUUCAUGUGCUAAUAGAAGGAUACAAUGUAUUUAUAUAAUGAUUGUGAAAAUUUUUAGCAUUUAUAAUUAGUAUAUUGUUAAGUUAUAUUGACCCUUUGCACGCUGUGUCAAUUUGCGUGUGCAAUAUGCGGCCAUAUUGGUAGUCAGAUCUUAGUUGCUACUGUUAAUGGGGGUUUAUGUGCAGCACAACUGUGUAUUUUGGAUGUUUCUUCAUGCACGAUCGGCCUGCCAUUGCGUUGAGUGUGAAUCGGUCUGUGUGCAGAAUUGCAGAGCUUAUCAACUGGACUUCUGCCUGUGUUUGUAUCUACAUUUGCCCUGGACUUGCUGGCUAAACGCACGGACUUGAACAAGAUUAUAGACAGGUUCGUGUUUCGCCGGUAACACUGCAGUGUGCUAUAGUGGAAUCCGUGAAGUCUCUCCCAAGUCCAUCACAGCUUAACCAGGUGCAACAAUAGACUGUCCUAUUAAGCCCCACCCCUUGUAUUCUGACCAAUCACAGCCUUGCCUUACGUCCAACAUGCACGCAUGCUUGCAUGUAUGUUGGGCGCGGCUGGAACAUGCAGUGUGUCAUUGGAGAAGAGCACGUGCGAAGCGCCUACAUGUCCAUAUACAUGUACUUGCACCGUACUGGGCGGGGCUUGUUAGAUCCGUCUAUGGGUCUCGAGCUGGACCGAGAGAGGGUGAUAUUUUCACAGCAACAGAGGCUCCUUUGGUUGGACAAGGAAAUGCGUUGCUACCAAC